AUGACUGAUCGCCAAAUUGAAGCGAAUGAAGCGGAUAAUAUACGAAUUCGCCUUGUAGAGUUGAGUGAUGGUGAUGAUGUGCUUAACUUUCUUCGUAAACACUUCUACCCAGAGGAACCGUUGUGUAGCAGCUCACAAAAACCUCCACAUCCGGAAGAUGAGGCAUUCAAUAUUUCAUUAAUAGCGCAUGGAACAUGCUUAAUGGCAGUACAACAGCAAAUCGUUAACGGUAUCCGAAGAGAACGUAUAGUUGGCGUUUUAUUAUCUGGUCCCAAGCAUAGUGAUGAAGCUGAGCAUUUAUUUAAGGAAGCCGCUCGUCUCCGUCCGACCGAUUUUGGCAAGGCAAUUGGUAUAUUGGCUCAUGCUGAGCGCGAUUCUAAUGUCUUCGAGCGCUAUAAUGUUGAGAGAGCGUUGCACAUUUACGCCGGUGCUGUCGAUGGGAGCUUUCGUGGACGUGCGAUUUCAAUAAUACUUAAAGAGAAGCUGAAAGAGUUGGGUCGUCAGCUUGGGUAUUCACUCUUGACUACGGAUUGCACAAGUUUUUAUUCGGCGAAAGUAUCAGAACGUAUGGGUAUGGACUGUGUCAAUGUCAUUAAGUACGCAGAUUAUCUGGAUGAGGAGGGUAAGGUGGUGUUUAACAUGCCACUGCCACAUGAAUAUCUGAAAACGUACGCCUUGAGGCUAUAAAUAUUAAGUCUAUUCUAAGCUGAAAUGU